AUGAAAUCCCAGGCUUCGGAGCUUCCCGUUGGGAAGGCUCAGCCACGAAGAAAAACAUCGAGGCUCGCUCCAUUGAUCGCUCUAAUCAUACUUCUAACAAUCCCUUUAUAUUACCCUGCAUUAAGAGAUUCGUCGAAAAAGUUGUACGAAACGACGUCGCCGCGGUUGGAGGAUUUGGAGGAUCCAAUCACCCAGACUUCCCAUGUUGAAGAAGCCCCUCCAACUGAAAAGCCUUGCUCCAUCGACUGCCACGACGACGACGACGACAAGGCCAGCGUGGACACGCCCGUCGUCGUCCGCCAACCUGCCCCUGUAAUGAAAAAAAAUGAUAAGGGAAGAAGAAAGAGGAAGAAAUCUGGCAAAGGGCAGAGAGAAGAUGAAAAGGUGCAGGCGAUGAUGAGAGGGAGGAGUAGCCAUCGUGGGAAGAUAAGAAGCCGACUUUUCGAUGAGGAUGAGUGUGACUUGUUUUCGGGCGAAUGGGUACCGGAUCCGGACGGCCCGUAUUACACGAAUGAGACGUGCAGUGCAAUUCAGGAGCACCAGAACUGUCUCAAGUUCGGGCGGCCUGAUCUCGAGUUUUUGAAAUGGAGGUGGAAGCCCGACGAGUGUGAGCUGCCCCUUUUCGACCCGCAACAGUUUCUGGAGCUGGUCACGGGGCAUUCCUUAGCUUUUGUUGGCGAUUCUGUCGCCAGGAAUCAUAUGCAGUCUUUGAUUUGUCUCUUGUCCAGGGUUACAAAUCCAGUAGACAUGUCGGAGCCAGGGGACCAAAACAAACGGUACGAGUACAGAGAGCACGAUUUCAACAUUACCAUGUUCUGGUCUCCCUACUUGGUCAGAACCUCAAAAACGGACCCCAACGACGAGCGGCGGCCUUACGAGCUUUUCCUGGACGAGCCCGACCCCCACUGGACCUCCCAGGUGGCCCUCUUCGACUACGUGAUCAUCUCGGCCGGGCACUGGUUCUUCCGCCCCACCUACUUCAGCCUCCACGGGCGGCGCAUGGGGUGCCUCUACUGCCCGGAGCCCGAGGUCACCCACCUCACCUCCUACUUCAGCUACCGCCGCGCCUUCCGCACGGCCUUCCAGGCAAUCAACGACGCCGGGUUCGGGGGCGUGGCGUUCCUGAGGACGUACGCGCCGUCGCACUUCGAGGGGGCGGCGUGGGACAAGGGCGGGGACUGCGCGCGGACGCGGCCGUACAGGAGGAGCGAGGUGGCGCUGGAGGAUUACAGCCUGGAGAUGUAUCUGAUACAGCUGGAGGAGCUGAGGAUAGCGCAGAAAGCGGGGAGGAGAAGCGGAGGGAAGUUCAAGCUGUUUGAUGCGACGGUGGCGAUGCUGCUGCGGCCGGAUGGACAUCCUAGUAGAUAUGGGCAUUGGCCGGUCAUCAAUAACACAAUGGCCAAUGACUGCGUGCAUUGGUGCUUGCCUGGACCCAUUGAUGCUUGGAAUGAUUUUUUGCUCCAGUUGUUCAAGACACAAUUAGAAUAG